GCGGAGGGAGCGCAGGAUCCAGGAGCUUCAAGACCCAGAGAGGCCCUGCCCUUGUCAGACGGCGUAGACAUGUCGGAGCAAAGUAAGGACAUGAGCGACCCUAACUUUGCAGCCGAAGCCCCCAGCUCCGAGGUGCAAAGCAACCCUGGGGUUCCGGUGGGGGUCCUUUCCCCCGCCUCUCCGGCCGCGACCCCUGCAGGGCCACCAAGCCCUCCUGUAGGCCUUUCGGCCUUCCCUCAGGCCAUGCCACCUCACCAGGACCUGAGCGAUGAGGACCCAAAGGCCCUGCAGCAGGCAGUGGAGGAGAGCCGCGCCCACCAGGCCCCGAGUCCACCCCUGCCAUGUCCAGCGCCGCCCGCCCCGGCCCAGCUGGUGCAGAAGGCGCACGAGCUCAUGUGGUACGUGCUGGUCAAGGACCAGAAGAGGAUGAUCAUCUGGUUUCCAGACAUGGUGAAGGAUGUCAUCGGCAGCUACAAGAAAUGGUGCAGAAGCAUCCUCAGGCGCACCAGCCUCAUCCUCGCCAGAGUUUUCGGGUUGCAUCUGAGGCUGACCAGCCUCCAUACGAUGGAGUUUGCGCUGGUCAAAGCACUCAGCCCUGAGGACCUGGACAGGGUGGCCCUGAACAACCGCAUGCCCAUGACAGGCGUCCUGCUCAUGAUCCUAAGUCUCAUUUACGUGAAGGGCCGUGGUGCCAGAGAGAGCGCAGUCUGGAACGUGCUGCGCAUCCUGGGGCUGCGGCCCUGGAAGAAGCACUCCACCUUCGGCGAUGUGAGAAAGCUCAUCACCGAGGAGUUCGUCCAGCAGGAUUACCUGAAGUAUCAGCGCGUCCCCUACGUGGAGCCCCCUGAAUAUGAGUUCUUCUGGGGCUCCCGAGCAAGCCGUGAAAUCACCAAGAUGCAGAUCAUGGAGUUCCUGGCCAGGGUCUUUAAGAAAGACCCUCAGGCCUGGCCUUCCAGAUACAGAGAAGCUCUGGAGGAGGCCAGAGCCCUGCGGGAGGCGAAUCCCGCUUCCCACUGCCCGCGCAACAGUGUCUCUGAGGACUAGCUAGGUCUGGAGGCAGAUCAAUGGUUUCU